AUGAGCAUGCGCCCCGCGCGCUCCGGUGCCCACGUGCCGGCCCUCCUGCGCGCCGUGGGCAGGGCGUGUUGGAACCACUCGCCGCUUCCCGCGUCGGCAGCCGCAUCCCAGCGCCUCGUCCCAGACCAUUCCGGUUCCGCCCCUCGCCGUCCACCCUCUCACCCGCUCGCCUCUCGCCCGUUUCUGUCCCUUCCUCCGCCCGCCCCUCUACUGCUGCCCGCCUCACUCCGCCAACCCCCUGCCCGCCACCUGUGCACCGAGGGGCCUGCGGUCGGCAAGGCGCGCGAGCAGACAGCGGGGCCAGAAGCACCAGCGGCUGAGGCUGAGGGGGGAAUGGCGCAGGGUGCGGGGCAGGAGGCGGAGGGCAGAGUUGGCGGCGAUGGGAGUGCGCAGGAGGAGGAGUGGCGGCGGCAGGCGGAGGAGGCGCGGGAGCGGCUGCUGCGCGCGUACGCGGACAUGGAGAACCUGCGCCAGCGCGCCCAGAGAGACGUCGACGCCGCCAGGCUCUUCGCCGUGCAGGUGCCACCCGUGCAGGUGCCACCCGUGCAGUGCUGUGUGCUGGCAGCACAGGCCGUGCAGUCUGCCUCGUGGCC